AUGUUAUACAGGGUGUAUAUUGCAACAAUAUUUUGUAUAUUUGUUAAAAAUAUCGCAGCUACUCAUGAUUAUGGUCCAGUGGACCUCCCCGAUGGAGUUCAACUUCAACUUGGUUACAAAAAUGUGAACAUAUUUCCUACACACAAUCAUUUCACUAGUGUGUCUAGAAAAAUAAUCCACAAUGGAGGUAUCAGGCCCAGUUCAGAUGUUGGAAAGCCCUUAGAAACGUCCAGUGCCACGAUCGAUAAUCAAGAUAGUACAGAGACGAUAGGCAACACAAAUCAAACCCCUUGGAUCACAGAGAUAACACCUAAUGUUGAAUGGAUGACCAAAGUCCUAGCUACCCUUGGAUUCACAAAUCCACCAAGUAUGAAUCGUUGUCAAGACUUGAAUGACAGCCUAAAAAUUAAAUGUAUAGAGGAAGUGUUAACGGAACUGAAGAAUAUUUUUGAAACUUCAAACGAAAUUUUACUUCUAAAUAUGAGAAUUUUGUACGGCGGAAAACAUGCAAAUAAGGCACUCACUAGACUAAACACAAUAUCUCUAAAACCACAAAAUAGACAACUCUUACUUUUACUUGGAUCAAGCGCAAUAAUAUAUUUUUAUUUGAUGCGGGAUAGCUUACCCGAUAAAACUAGGUGGCUAGCCCAGUCGGUGUUAUCAAAACUAACCGAUUUACCCGUGGCAAGUAACAUUGCAGAUUUUCGCACUGGUGGUUAUGGUCAUAUAAACAUAUUAAUCCCCAGCGUGAAACGGGUUAGGUCGGCUGAUCGUUACAUUGCGUCGCUCAUAUAA